AACACAAUGCAGAAGCAAGUGGAGGUCAGGAUGGAUGAGAGCCACCUGGAGCCCAUAGUGGACGCUCCUGAGAGUGCAUGUGGCACUCUGUGUGAUAAAAUCAUGAAGAACAUGGUUCUCACUCUCACCAUACUUGGUGUGUUUCUGGGUUCCAUCGCUGGAAUGCUGCUGCGGCACAUAUCUCCUCUCCCUCCCGAUGUUAUUAUGAUCAUUGGCUUCCCAGGAGAGAUCCUAAUGAGGAUGCUGAAGAUGCUCAUUUUGCCUCUUGUUGUUUCCAGUCUGGUCACAGGACUAGCCGGCUUGGACGCCAAAUCCAGCGGCCGCUUAGGCACCAGGGCCAUGGUGUACUAUAUGUCAACAACGGUGAUUGCAGCCAUCUUGGGAGUAAUCCUGGUGCUGCUCAUCCAUCCUGGAAACCCCAAGCUGAGGGCUAAUCUUGGACAGGGAAAGAAAAACGAUGACGUGUCCAGCGUGGACGCUUUCUUCGAUCUCAUCCGAAACCUUUUCCCAGAAAACUUGGUGCAGGCCUGCUUUCAGCAGAUCCAAACAGUAAUCACCAAAGUACCAGUGCCCACUAACAGGACCAAGGCACCCCCACAAUUCACAGUCAAAAGGUCACUUCAGUUCAAGAGUGGGAUGAAUGUCCUGGGUUUGAUUGGAUUCUUUGUUGCUUUUGGAGUAAUUAUGGGGAAAAUGGGAGAAAAGGCCAAGCUGAUGUUGGAGUUUUUCAACGUCCUAAAUGAGAUUGUUAUGAAGCUUGUUAGCGCAAUUAUGUGGUACUCCCCCAUUGGUAUUGCCUGCCUCAUCUGUGGAAAGAUCAUCUCCAUUGCUGAUUUGGAGGUGGUUGCAAGGCAACUGGGGAUGUACAUGAUCACUGUGAUAGUGGGCCUCAUCAUCCACGGAGGCAUCUUCCUUCCGCUGAUAUAUUUUGUAAUAGUAAAAGAAAACCCCUUCAAGUUCUUCAUGGGAAUAUUUCAGGCUUGGGUGACUGCACUUGGAACAGCAUCCAGUGCCGGUACCUUGCCUGUCACGUUCCGAUGCUUAGAGGAGAACCUGGGCAUCGACAAGAGAGUAACGCGAUUUGUUCUCCCAGUGGGUGCCACCAUCAAUAUGGAUGGCACAGCGCUUUAUGAGGCCGUGGCUGCCAUCUUCAUCGCUCAGAUGAAUGGGAUUGAGCUUGACUGGGGCCAGAUUGUUACUGUCAGUAUGACAGCCACGCUGGCCAGUGUUGGAGCAGCCAGUAUCCCCAGUGCUGGACUUGUGACCAUGCUUCUGAUCCUCACAGCAGUGGGGCUGCCCACUCAGGACAUCAGCCUUCUGGUGGCUGUUGACUGGCUGCUGGAUCGUUUCCGUACCUCAGUCAACGUGGUUGGCGAUUCCUAUGGGGCAGGUAUCGUUUACCACCUCUCCAAAGAUGAGCUUGACACAUUUGACGCCCAACAAACCCGGAUGGAUGAAUUUGAAAUGGCAAAGACACAGUCCUUCUUUGAAAAUAACACCAACCAGAAUGUAUACACUCACCACAACUCAAUCUUGAUAGACGACUGCAAGGUCACCAUGGGCAAUAAUGGCAAGACUGCAGAUUUCUCUCUUGUUGAGGAGGAACCAUGGAAAUGCGAGUAAAGCAGAUUCAGACGCUGCUGCACCUUACCCUGAGUUCCAGCUUUUAUUUUCUGCCGACAAAACUAUUAAAAAACAACAAAAAAUAACAUACAAAAAGAAGAAAAAAAACAGGAAAGUUAGCAGAGUCACCUGUUCGGCAAGAACAAACAGUCGGCUGGGCUUUUUCAUUUUAUUUUGUUUGUUUUUUUUGUCAGUUACCCAUCUGGGUAGCUACUGGAACAAGCUACAGAUGACUCACCAACUUGUAUUAGAUCUUGCAUUUGCACUAACUGGACACAAACUGCAAUGAACUGGUGCAUAUCAUGCACUUUGUUCAGAAGAAUAAAACAUUCAGUUGACAACACUCAGGGCCUUACUUGGUGCUGCUGCAAGCUUUAAGAAAACAGCAUGAAUGGAAUGAAACAGUGCUUCAUGUGGCAACAUGAUGUAAGUGCAAGAUGGUUAAACACUCUGUUACCUUUGACUGUUUGACUUAUGGGAUUACACUUUGAUGUCGCACACAUGGUCAAGCCUAAGAAGCAAAGCUUAGGACUUAGACCAUAAGAGGAGAGGGUGUGGCCUCUAAAUGUGGUAACAAUCAGCACAGAAUGUGUUGCAGAGCCGUAAAGCAGAAAAUAGAAUAUGUGAAGGGUGCCCUCCCAGUUAUUCAUUUAUUAUUUUUUGUAUAUAUGUUCUUUAUGAGUAAAGCACUGCUUUUCUGUUUGUAGUCAAAAAAGUAUGCCUGUGUACUGGAAUUUAUGUGUGUACAUACAUGUUUCUGAGAGAAAGAGAGGAAGACAUUUUUAACAAGGAAAGAAAGUUGGAGGUUCAAUGAGAAGAAAAGAAAGAGGGUGAUGUCUCUCAAACUCUCAGCAGGCCAGUGCAUUGCUCUGUGUUUUAUUUCAAACUGUUUAUUUCUUUGCUAUAUGACAACCUUGCCUUGAAGAUGUCAACUGCAGAGUGCAGUCAGUAUGAUUUCUGGAUAAACGUUACCACUAUUCAUUUCAAUAGAAUAUCGGGACUCACAUUUUAGUAGAGGAAAUUAAACAGGUCCACCUUCCAGUUUUACUAUAUUCUGAGUGAGGAUGGCUGGGCCUUCCUCACAAAAUGUACUUCUAAUUACAUUUUUUUUUUCUAAUUUUA